AUGUUGACUCAUAAACGUAUACAGACAUUUCGUAGAAUCAAAGACGUAAGAUGGUCAACGAAAGACAAAUUAGAACAAUAUCGUGGGAUCCUCAAAUUAUACGCACGCGAAAGGAAAAUAAAGAUACAAGAUGCUGCAAAAUUUAAAAAAAAUAUAUCUUGGCAGUUGAGUUCGUAUAAACAGGAUAUAAAGGAUUAUCGUCAAAUAGUCGGCGAGAUAACAAGAGGUACUCCGAAAGGCCAUAUACGUAGUUUGUUGCAAAGUCGUAAAAAUUUACGAUUAAAAUGUCAUGGUCAUGAAACAGAGCACAUUUAUAUUUCUAUUUACGAGGAAAAUCAUCGAAAACGCAGUCAAUUAGAUAAACUUCGUUACGAGAAGAAAAGAAAGAUGAAACAAUGUUUUGAACUACAAAUACAACAUACAGAACUGUGUAACAUCUAUGAACAAGAAAAAGGUUUAUCAUGGUCUCAAGAUCGAGUACAACAACAAUUGGUAUCGCGGUAUCAAAAAUCAGUUGCAAGACAAAACGCGGCAAAAGCAAUAAAUCUAACAUACACGUAUAUACUUGGAAUCUUGAAAAAAGACGCGAUACAUCAUGAAACAUUCUUAAACGCUUUGAAACAAGACUGUAAAGAUCAAUGCAAAGUGAUAUUUCGAACAACGAUAAUCGGCCAACUCGCAACUGAAGACACAAAUGACAUCGAAUCUAAGUAUAAACGAAUCACACGAAACGUUUGGAACAAUAUGAAAAAAAGAGAAGACAUGCUAACAUUCGUGCGCGAACAAGUUGAGGAUUUAUGGUCAUUUGCGCAAUCAUUGAUUCGAACUGAAAGCGAAGCGAUUUUAACCACGGAAAUUAUACGUACUGGAACUACGAUGAAUGAAAUGUUGGAAAAACAAAUAAAAUCUUUGGAAGAAAUAUUCGACAAAAUAAAAGAUUCCUUACUCGUACAUUCCUAUCGAGAAUUACUUUCAAGAUUGGAAGAACAAAUGAAACAACGAACACGGUUAGUGGAACAAUUUAAUCGCAACGUGAAGGAGCGCGAUUCAUUGUUGAGCAAAAAGAACGAAGCAUUAUCUAUUCUGUCCAAUUUCGAGCACUCCCUAGUAGCUAGUAUUGAAGAAUACAAUGCGGACAAAAAUAUCCUAAUAGAACAAAUCGCGAUGCAAAAGAAACGUGAAUUUGAACGUAGAAAUUCAAAAAAGGAACGUGGCGAAUUGUUGAUGGAUAUAAGAGCAUCGUUGCAAAACAUGGUGGCAAUGUUGGUUUGUGUUAAAAGAAGUAAUAGAGUAACGACAAAGCGGCCAACGGACGAAUUUGAAAAGCAAAUCGACAUACCAAUGAUAGAAAAAAUGGAGACAGAAGGUUUAGCAUUAUUAUCCACGGUUAGCCGAAAAGUAGGUGCACUAUUUGGAAUGAGCAAUUUCGAAUUUAACAAAGACAGAGAGGAGAGAGCAAAAGAUCUCUACCAGACUUAUAUUUCUGAUUAUCGAUCAAGGCUUAAGUUCAAAGAUACGGAAAUGGAACCAACGGGCCUUAUUGUUGAACACCAAGCGAUUGAUUCUUCAGUACCAACACGAGCAGAAAUUAAAUUAAGAAGCAAACAAGCUGUGGAAGCUUAUUUGAGACUAGAGUGAUACUCUACUCUGUUUUCAUUUUCCAUAACAAAACUGUACUAAUGUGUACGUUAUAAUAUCAAACUAUGUUCAUGUAUGUUUGUUUGUACAAUA